UGUUAUGUUGAAGACGACAUACGCUACAUGUAUUUAACGUUCUGUGACAACUUUUCCACACAGCAGACGGGAAUCCCUUGACGUUCCAACCAGAUUGAUUUGGGUGGAUCGAGAGGUUUUUCUCGGUUUCAAUCAAGCCAUUAUUCACUUGACUUCCAUCAUGGCGAUCAUGAUAAAAUGCCUCUGUUUCGAAAAUGUUCGAUCUGGGUCCAUCGCCUCAGCGAUAUGCACGCUGGUCUAUUCUGCUUUUGUUAUGAGCUUGGCAGCGAGGCAACUUUGGCUCUUAGACGCGAUACAAGGAGCCUCGUAUUUAUUGGAUGGAGUGGUUGCCAUCUACGCUGUGACGGUGGCAUUCUUCUCCCUGAUAAUAAUUUCCUCGAUGCUGACCCUGGUCGGCGUUUCAAGAGACCAGCGCGGAUUUCUGGUCCCAUACAUGGUGGUGAUGCCUUUGCUCAUCCUGCUGCAGGGAGCUUGGUGCAUCUUGCUGAUCAUCGGCUUGACCACCGUGGCUAGCUCCUACAUCGACUAUCAUAGCCUCUAUGUUGCAGAAGGUACUACUGUUGGAGUCGUGCAACUCAUCUUAGCCAUCCUGUUAACAGCGUUGGAUGUCUUGUGCUUCUUUUGUGUAGUGUCUCAGUACCAGGAGCUGAGGGAUGGGCGUGGCCGCCGACAGGACGUAAUGGCAGUAAGGACCUCUACCGUUGUCACCACUACCAGUGUUGUUGGUGGCGCUGUCAUCACUGCACAGCAAACCGUCGCCCCACAAGGCAACGUAGGGCCAAGUCCAGCUUACAAUGAAUACCCGGGCCACACCAGCUACUCACGCCUGCAGGAGUAUCCUCCUUGCUACCCUCCGCAACACGGCUUCAUACCCCAGCAAAGCUUGCCACCUCAGCCAGGCGACACUCCUAAGUAUUAAAGCUAUCCCUAUGUUACUAGACCAGAUGCCUUGUAUCAUCAGACAACCUGAUUUUUUACUCCUGAUUGGUGUAUUUUAUUGAAUACUCUGACUUAUGUUUCUUUAAUUAUUCCAUUCAAGGCCGUUAAACUGUAAAUAUGCAUUCCAUGCGCAUGCGCAAAAUAUCACCGAAGCCUGUUAGCUGUGGCAGUUUUAGUAGCGAGUAAAUGGAAAUCACAGGACGCAGUAUACGUGUAGGCCUAAACUGCAUCAUAGCACCGCAUACUGUAUGGAUUUUAGAGUGCCAGAAUAUCUCCUCCUAAGUCCACGUACACUUUUGCAUCUGUGUGGUUGGCACAUAUCGAGGAUAACCCAUUGGCCGUUUACAAUUUUUGUUUUGGGCUGUUUUCGUAACAGUUCCCAUUUUUGUACCCGACUUCCCAAUUGUCCUUGAUUGUCAUCCCGUGUCACUUCAGCUGUGACUUCCCUACGUAAGGUUUUUUGACUUACACCAUAAACAUGCUCACGGACACAAAAUACAAGACAGAAGACAGAAGAGAACAGAUCUGGACGACACACAUAUCACCAUUUGAUAUCACAAAAUUGGACCUGUAAUACAUCGCCUGUAUAUUGCUAUGUUAAGAGAAACAAACUUUAUUUUUCAAAGGCAUCUGAAUUGUAUGUUUGCGUGAAUAAUCCCCUUAGUGACUGUACUGCACUUUAGUCUACAUGUAUUCAUUUCGUAGUACUCAGAGGAAAGAGUUUACAUGGAAAUUAAUUGAACUGGAGUUACUUGUGACAUGCAGUGAUUGUUCGAUUUAAUAGUGUGUUAUAAUUACCAAUCCAUAAGAGAAAAUUUUGCACUACCUUCGUCACAACAGUUUGUCUGGUCGGAAGAUAACCUAAACUGUAACUGUCCUUCGAUUUAAAAGAGACAAGAAAUAGGAUCUUAACAAUCUGAAUCCAUGUACAGUGUAUAGGAAAACUUUCUCGCAAUGUGCCUAUGAAGCAGCAAAGGGCGACAUUUCAACAUUGUAAUGUUUUUAAAAUUUCAACAUUUUGGUUGAUGCUAAUGAACAAUUCCACAUUCAUGAGCCAGAGUGUGAUGUCAUCCAAGGCAGAAGAGUGCAGUGUCUCCAUAUCUCUUCGUAAAAUUCUCUAUCCGUUUUAACGGUAUAAACAUUGUGCAUCACACUUUUCUGCAUUAUGGAGUAAGUUCUACUGUUCACUUGUUUAUCAUAUUAAACAGUCCUUUUAGACCAUAGAAUUGAUGUGUUCAAAAUUGUGUUGGUAGACCAGUAUGAAGGGCAGUUUUCUUGUAUUUUUUAUACCGUGUGAGACAAAACAAGACACAACCUCUAAAACGUAGUGAUGAAAGAAUUUUCUAAGACAAUAAAAAUUCCACCAUCUUAUCACUUCGAAUGAAAAGACGUAUUUCAAUCUUGUUUGUAUUUUUGCUGAGCUGGUUGCUCACUGCAUGUUUUUUGUUAAAUGUGAAACAUAAGACGAGAAGGGAGUCAUGGAAAAAAGCUCUUUUUUAAAGGUGGACCGGUCCUAUUGCCACAAGAGCACGGUGGAGGUAAAGGGAGUCUAACGCAGAUUUAUGGACCUUUUGGGGGCUCUCAUGUAGUUUCAAGUUCCAGUAAUGCCAACCAGUCUUAUCGCAUUGUCCAUUUGCGGUAU